ACAAGUGAGUACAACACGUCUGAUAUAUUAUCUAAUGAGGGCUCAGAGGAAACCAUGGUGUUCUAUGUGGCCAGUGAAUAAUCCGAUUCCUUCCAACCUGAAGUCUGAAGCAAAGAAAGCAGCAAAAAUUUUAAGAGAAUUCACAGAAAUUAGUUCUAGAACAGGACCAGAUAAAAUUAUCCCAGCUCAUGUCAUUGCCAAAGCACAAGGCCUUGCCAUUCUGUCUGUCAUAAAAGCCGGCUUUUUGGUGACUGCUCGAGGAGGAAGUGGAAUAGUCUUGGCACGCCUUCCAGAUGGAAGAUGGUCUGCUCCUUCUGCUAUUGGCAUAGCAGGACUUGGUGGGGGGUUUGAAAUUGGAAUAGAAGUGUCUGAUUUAGUUGUCAUCUUAAAUCACAAAAGAGCAGUGGAAGCUUUUGCCAAAGGUGGCAACCUCACCCUUGGAGGGAAUUUCACAGUGGCCAUCGGACCUUUAGGAAGGAAUUUGGAAGGAGAUGUCGCUAUUCGAAGUUCUGCAGCAGUAUACACAUACUGUAAGUCCAGGGGACUGUUUGCUGGAAUAUCUUUGGAAGGGUCUGGUUUGAUUGAAAGGAAGGAAACCAAUCGCAAAUUUUACUGUCAUGAGGACAUUCGGGCCUUUGAGAUAUUGUUUGGUGAGAUUCCGCGCCCUUCCCAGGCUGAAGAGCUUUAUGAGAUUCUGGACACCUUCAAAGAAAAAUAUGAAAAUGAAGAACAGAAUGUUAACAUGAGGAAAAUGGCCAGAGAGCACAAAAAGGCCAAAGAAAUAUCAGCAAAGUCAACCAGACCACAUUCUUACCAAGCCGGAAAUGCAGAACAUAGAAGCACAGAAGCAAUCAGACCUACACAGAGAAGCUAUCCUGACCUCUCCAGUUAUAACAUGAAUGAACAAAGUUCUGUAACACCAACCACACAAACUGCAUCCAACAGAAAUAGAACCAUACUGUCUUGAUUAUGCUAUGUGUGGGGCCUAACAACAAAUGCAGGAAGUAUUUAAUGGCUAGUAAACUUAAAACACAAGUGAUUGGAGGCCCUAUUAAUAAACUUUUAUAGCUAUUACAUUAAAUGUUUACAUACUUUGAAAUAUAUUGCUUGCUUUUAACAUAUGCCAUGUAGCUGGAUAAGGUUGUUGUAUAUUACUGGCCAAGGAGAAAAUGUCUGUAUAGCUGUUCAGUACGAUUAUAAGACAGGAGGUAAACCUGUGAGAAAACAUCUCAUAUAAUG